AGUGAUUGCUGAUGAAACUCGCGAGACCCAUUUUUCGCCGAUGCACUACGUCCUCGAAGAUUCCAAAACGGGAGCGAGUAACAAGAACACAAGUAUCCAUUAACUCCAUUAAAGAGCUUCAUGCUCGUCUAAUCCGAGCUCAACUCCACACAAACCCACAUUCUAUAUCCGCUGUCAUCAAAGCAUACGCCUUCUCUUCAUCUUAUUUGCACAUGGCUCAUCUCGUUUUCAAUCUAAUUGAGCGACCUACAUUACUUGUAUGGAACUAUAUGAUACGUGGCUUGUCGCAAAGUAAUCAACCCUGUGAAGCAAUUAACAUGUACUAUCGUUUGUAUCACCGUGGUCUGUCUGGAGAUAACUUAACAUUUAUUUUCGUUUUAAAGGCAUGCGCUCGUCUUUCAGACACUGUACAAGGUCAAAAGAUUCAUGUUCAGGCGAUGAAACUCGGGUUUUAUGAUGUUCUGGAUUUGUUUGACGCAAUGCAGGAAGCAAAUGUGAAGGCCGAUGGGGUGACAAUGGUGAAAGUUCUUUUAGCGUGUAGUCGUUUGGGCGACUAUGAUAUUGCCGAUUCCGUGGUUAUAUAUAUUGAGGGAAAUCACGUUGAGAUUGAUGUUUACUUGGGGAAUACAUUGAUAGAUAUGUAUGGAAGGCGUGGUUUGGUGGAUUUGGCGAGGAAAGUUUUCCAUAAGUUGAGGAAAAGGAAUACGGUUUCUUGGAAUGCCAUGAUCAUGGGGUAUGCUAAAGUGGGAAAGUUGAAAGAAGCCAGGAAGCUUUUUGAGGCAAUGCCUGCUAGAGAUGUGAUUUCUUGGACAUCUAUGAUCACGGGGUACUCUCAAGCCGGCCACUUUCUCGAUGCCAUGAAGCUUUUCCAAGAAAUGAUGGCAGCUAAGGUCAAACCAGACGAGAUUACAGUGGCCAGUGUGCUUUCUGCAUGUGCUCAUUUGGGUUCGCUUGAUAUGGGACUAUCUGUUCAUGAAUAUAUACGCGAGCAUGGUGUAAAAGCAGAUAUUCACGUUGAGAAUUCUCUGAUAGAUAUGUAUUGUAAAUGCGGUGAGGCGGGGAAAGCGUUAAAGGUCUUUCAUGAAAUGAAAGAGAAGGACUCUGUUUCAUGGACUUCCAUUAUCUCAGGCCUUGCUGUCAAUGGUUUUUCCAAUUCAACACUUGAGCUCUUUUCAAAGAUGUUGAUGGAAGGUGUUCAGCCUGCUCAUGGAACAUUCGUUGGGAUUUUACUAGCUUGCACUCAUGCAGGAUUAGUAGAUAAUGGAUUGAAGUAUUUUCAAAGCAUGAAAAAAGUUUAUGGACUAACCCCAGAAAUGAAACAUUAUGGGUGCGUUGUUGAUCUCUUGAGCCGGUCAGGCAACCUGUAUAGGGCCUAUGAGUUCAUAAAGGAAAUGCCCAUAGUUGCUGAUGUUAUAGUAUGGAGGAUAUUAUUGAGUGCUUGUAAGGUUCAUGGAGAUGUACAUUUGGCUGAGAUUGCCACACACAAACUUCUUGAAUUGGAUAAUUCUAAUAGCGGUAAUUAUAUUCUCUUGUCAAAUACUUAUGCAAGUUCAGAAAGAUGGGGUGAUGCUAUAAAAGUUAGGGAAUUGAUGAUGGAGAGCAAUGUGCAGAAGCCAUCAGCUAGGAGUUCCAUUGAAGUUAAAGGUUGAUCAUAAAGUAUUUUUCAGGACAAAACUUCCUGUCCAGUUUCAGGAGAGGAGUCGACUGAAUGCUGUUAUUAGAAAUAGAUGAUCCAAGGUUUUUGCAUAUGCAGUCAUCAUGAUUUGGGUGAUACUGGAGCCUUCUGUCGUAAGUUUCAGUUGAGCUCCAUUCCCAUGGCAAACUGACUAAUGAAUUAAACAUUAGCAGACACUGUAAUGAAUCCUCUGGUAUGCUUAUAACCCUUUAAAGAUAAACUGUAAAUAUCAAUAUGAAUUAAACACUAGAAUUUCAAAAAA